AUGUGUGAUACAAACCUCGAUGUAGUUUCUUCCUUAUUGGAAACGCCAUUUUUUGAACUCGAUGACGACACUAAAGACGAAAUUUUAAUUCGGGGUCGCCCCACGCCUUGCCUCGGCAUUUCCCAGUUGGAUAAAAAAUUGGGUCAAGUUUUCUCUCGAAAUUUUAAAACCGACUGGUAUGACGGUCAUCCCUGGUUAUGCGGAAGCUCCCAAAAACAACGUUUGUUUUGCUGGCCGUGUUUACUGUUGACGAAAACUAAGAAUAACUUGUGGGUUUCGCAAGGCGUGGUGGAUUUAAAAAACCUUUCCGCCUGCAUAAAAAAGCACGAGUUGUCAAAGGAGCAUUUAAGUAACUACCUUAGCCUAAAACGGUUAGAAGCGGACAGUAACACUAGAAAAGCUUCGAAAACGCAGUCGGAUACCUCUCUGAAGUUGUACAAUGAGGAUGUUAGGAAAAAUCACAAGUUACUGACGUAUUUAAUAGAUGUAAUUUGCUAUUUGGCGAAACAAGAAUUGUUCGCGGGGAAUAACGAUGCGUUCAGCGCUAACAACUUUCGCGAGACGUUAGAUUUAAUUAUUACACGCGAUUCUGAAAUUCAAGAACACUUAAAAAAAAUUGAAGACGUUUCGGAAACUGUCCAAGAUGAUUUAAUUACUUCAAUAGCGGAAUAUGUCAUGGAAACAAUACACCAAGAAAUAACUAAAUCUGACAUUUUCUCUGUACAAGUCGGCGACGCCACAUAUAUCCUCGAGAAUCCACAAUAUGCCGUUUCGGUUCGAUUUGUUAAUACAUUCGGUGAAAUUAAAGAACGGUUUCUGGGUUUUCACGACGUAACUGAAGAUAGCUCUGCCGAUGCAGUAUACAGUUUAAUUACAACCGUUUUAGGUCCUUUUAAUUAUAAAACGAAGUUAGUAGGCCAGUGCUAUGAUGGCGCUUGUGUAGCGGCAGCGUCCUUGGACGGCUUGCAAAGAAAAGUUAAAAACGACGCACCAAACGCUUUACUUACGCAUUGCAGCGCCCACGACCUAAACUUAGUUUUACAGGACGGCUCCAAAAGUAUCAAAAACUGCCGUGUUUAUUUCGCUGUCGUAAGGUCAUUGUUAAACUUUUUUCGUCAAUCGGGUAAACGAUUGUCCCUGCUUAGUUUAGUGGUAGACAACAAAAAUCCAUCUUCAGACGUUAACGGGAUCACACCAUCGGAAAUCGUUCAAAUUUUAGGCUCCGAGUGGGACGGUUUACAAAUUGUUUUGAGGAAUAUCAUCGAGGACAAAUCUUCAGCUGUAGAAUCCAUAAGUGGAGCUAAGGGCUACCUUAAGUGUAUGAACGAUUUGGAGUUUUCCUUCUUAACACUCGUAUAUAAAAACAUCUUCGAUAUUACCGAUAUUGUAUCUCGCGUACUUCAAGUAAAUUCGUUAGAUGUUGAUUAUUGCAAAAUGCAAGCAUCUUCAGCGAGAAAUAGUAUAAGUUCGUUGAGAAAUGAAGAUAAAUUUAAAGAAUUGUUUUAUAAGGCAAAAUCUCGGAUGUCUUAUGACAUUCAAGGGCCUUCAGCUAAAAGGUUUAAACUAUCACACACUGUUAGUGGUGAUGAAAAAGCGUCUUUGCGGGUAUUAUUUUAUGAAAUAAUUGACAACACUGUAACACAGUUAGACGUAAGACUUGGGGAUAUGUCGCAGUUAUUGUAUUUUGCUCUGUUCGAUUCUUCGCAUUUCAGAGAUUACUCUGAAAACUUCCCAAUCGAUUUAGUGUGCGAUUUGACCAGCUUCUACGUAGACCUUUUCGAUAAACAAAGAUUGGUUAACGAGUUGGGCGUUAUAUAUCAAGAUGAAGAGUUUGCGAAAUUAAAUCUGGACGGUGUUUUGAAAGACUUCGUAGUUAAUGACUUUCGAAGCUUAUUUCCGGAAGCGUACAAGUUAUUUGCUUUGAUCGCAACAAUUCCAUUGACGAGCAGUUCGG